GGCUCUGAUAAUGGUGGCGCGCGAGCCUCCUCCUCGGCAGUGAGCAUGCGCAGUCUGAGCUGACCGUCACUUGGAGUCAGUCAGUGGCUUGGUGGCUCGGGUUUUGGCGGGCCUGGCUCGAAGGGAGACGCGUCAGCUGAGGCGGAGAGCAUCUUUGCCAUGUUUUGGCUUGCGGAUUGUCAAAGAUGUGUCUUAGUGCUCCAGCUCUACCUGCUAAGCUUCUCCUGCUGUGUUUGGGCCAGCAAAGAUGCCUCCUUGCCGCCUCCCCUCACAGCCGCCUCCUUCCUGCAGAACCUCUUCCUCCGCUAUGGGGAACAUGACAGCUUGACUCUGCAGCAGCUGAAAUCCCUCCUGAACCGCCUCGAUGUGGGAGUCGGACGCAGCAACAUCAGUCGCAUAGAGCAGCAGCAAAAGAAUCUCUCCUGGUGCUUCAGUUCUUCAGACCUCUUUGCCACCCACAAUCUGAGCGAAGGGUCCCACAUCGGCCAAAGUGAGUUCCAAGAAUUCUGCCCAACUAUUCUGCAACAGCUGGAGUCAAGAGCCUGCUUGGCAGAGAACCUUGAGAAUGAAGAAAAUGAGCAGACGGAAGAGGGGAAGCCAAGUUCUGCAGAAGUAUGGGGCUUUGGCUUUCUCAGUGUUUCACUGAUUAACCUGGCCUCCCUCCUUGGAGUCUUCGUCGUGCCCUGCACUGAGAAGGUUUUUUUCGCUCGAAUCCUAACUUAUUUCAUCGCGCUCUCCAUCGGGACGCUGCUCUCUAACGCACUGUUCCAGCUGAUCCCAGAGGCAUUUGGAUUCAAUCCCCAGGAAGACUAUUAUGUCUCCAAAUCUGCUGUCGUGUUUGGGGGCUUUUAUCUCUUCUUUUUCACAGAGAAGAUAUUGAAGAUGCUUCUGAAACAGAAAGACCAGCACCAUCAUGGCCACAGCCACUACAGCACAGAGACCCUCCCUUCCAAGAAGGACCAGGAGGAAGGGGUCACCGAGAAACUUCAGAACGGGGAUCUGGAUCACAUGAUUCCUAAUAAGAACAGCGAUCUGGAAUGCAAGAACCCAUCUGUCGAUGAGAAAAUGGUUAGCUCCUUGUCUGUUCAGGAUCUCCAGGCAUCACAGAGCACAUGCUAUUGGUUGAAAGGGGUGCGAUACUCUGAUAUUGGGACCUUGGCCUGGAUGAUCACUCUGAGUGAUGGCCUUCAUAAUUUCAUUGACGGUUUGGCCAUUGGUGCCUCCUUCACUGUGUCAGUCUUUCAGGGGAUCAGCACUUCUGUUGCAAUUCUCUGUGAAGAGUUUCCCCAUGAAUUAGGUGACUUUGUCAUUUUGCUGAAUGCUGGGAUGACAAUCCAGCAAGCGCUAUUCUUCAACUUCAUUUCAGCCUGCUGCUGCUACCUGGGGUUAGGCUUUGGAAUACUGGCUGGAAGUCACUUCUCCGCAAAUUGGAUUUUUGCUCUCGCUGGCGGGAUGUUUCUCUACAUUGCACUGGCUGAUAUGUUCCCAGAGAUGAACGAAGUUAGUCGGGAGGAUGAGCGGAGUGGCAGCGCUUUGAUCGCUUUUGCUAUCCAGAAUGCGGGGCUGCUCACAGGAUUCGCCAUUAUGGUCCUUCUCACCAUGUACUCAGGACAGAUCCAGAUCGGAUAGUGACACGCACCAGGCCCACCACAGGCACAUGGACUGUGUGAAGCACAGCAAUUUUUCCAGGGAUUACAGGAAAAGUGACGUUUAUUGAAACCUGCUUCAUAAACUUCUCAUCGAAUGACCUUCAGUAGCUGGUGAAGCUCCUUAAUAUAGGAUCAAGUGACCUAAGGACCCAUUUCCUUGUGAAGCCACAACCCCCCCCCCCUUCUCUUUCUCCAACAUCUUCUGCUAGACUCUAGGAAGAAAAAAAACAUCCUGCUUUCUUUUGUUGUCUUAAGGCUGUCAACUAGAGACGUUUUAAUUAUCCCAUUCAUUUGGGUCUGACAGUAAUGUGCAGAUCCCUUUUGUGAUAUAGCAGGUAUAUUUGAAAGAAGGGAGCUCUCCCUUCCCUUUCCCCUAAAUUACUGAAAAGUGAUAAUAGAGUUUUAUACGGAUUAGUUGAUUGGCUAGUUUAAUUUUAAAGCAUUUUAAAUAGUGAAUGGUCCACAAACUAAUUUUUUUUAAAUGCACGAACUGACAAAAAACUGGGUGGUAGAUAGCUUUUUGGAGAAAAAAAGUAGAAAGAAGUUGAUUCCUACAAUUCAUUUACAUAAUCUAAACACAAAUACGUCUUCCCAAUAGUUUGACCAUACAAAUGUCAGCAAUUUUUGUUGGCUGUGUAAGAGAUUUAAUUGACCUAAGCGGUUUUUUUAAUGAGGUAGCAAAAGAACAUGAAAAUGACAAAAGAAAAUGAAUCACUACAAAUAUCCUACAUGUUUGGAGGGACCUACAAAAUAGAUAUAAACCCUUUUUAGCUUCCUCUUCUCAUGUUUUUUGGAAUACUUUUUUUCUUCAUAACAGUUGGCCCUUUUUAAAUUUCUUUUGUCUUUCAAAAGAUUCAAAUGCAUGAUAGUGAAUAGCAUCUUUUCAAGAUGAACACGGUUGAUUCUGACUGCUGAUCUGGCUGGCAGACAUGAGAUAACAAGCUGUUCAUUGCAUAUUUAGUUGAGAGUUAAGUUAAGACUGAACGAAGAGGCAGGUUUGUCUCAGGGGGAUUUGUUGUAGAGUUAAGUUUCUCACUAGUCACUAGGUGAACUAAAGUAUUAUCAUAUUGAUAAUAUCAAAGCCAAUUGGUUACAUAGCCGAUGUUCCACUUUACAUAUUCUCUUUUAAGAAUUUGUGGGUUUUGUCCUUUCUCAACAAAAGGAUGUCCAGUUCUCUGAGGAAAACUGGGGAGAUACCUUUCUUUCUCUGCCAGUGUGUCUCUUGUGGCAAUGUCUAUAUGUAUCCAAAUCACUGUCCUGGUGCAUAAGGGAAUGAAUGUUGUCAUUUGCUCCCAUCCCUUUCCCCCAAAUUGCUUUGUGAUGCAGAAAAUGGCCGGAUACCUCCACUGUAUUCUUUUGGGAUGUAGGAGAGCUAAAUCCUGUGUCCAUCACAGACAUCCCAAAACAUGCUGGUAAGGUGAUAGACCCAAAUAACUCUUCCCUUCUGUCCUUUCGCUGUUUAAUAUAAUAUCCAUAAAUAGGUUCUUUUGCAUUAAAAAAGGAAGCUCACCAAAAAUCAUUAAUGACGACUGCUUCCUUCCAAUGUAAUCUCCCUUGAUGUAUCACUUUCAGAUUAUGGGAUGCUUGAAGAGCUCUGGAUCCAAUCUAUCUCCCUUUGAAGUGCACUAGAUUACUUUUGUUUGAUCAGUUGAUUAGAAAAAAAUUACACAUUAUUGACAGACCCAUAGUACAAAACUGGGUUGAAUGUAAAUACUGGAUGUCAUAUUUAUGUCCAUAUAACAAAUCUGACUUUGCUGACUCUCGCCUCUUUACAGUUAUUCACUCUGGUGGUGUCAAAAGUAGCUAAAAAUUGUUGAACAUCCGGCAGUGAGGCAGAAUCAGACAGGCCUAGUGUUUUUCAGAUUGUUAAUGAAAACACCAUUAGGAAAAAAGGCAAUGGAAGUAGUCUUCUUAGUCAUGGAAAACAGUCUUACGGAUCCUGUUCCAAAUUGGGAUUAAAAGUAGUAAAAGAGAUAAAGCCUUCCCUAACCUUGAGGUCAAGUCCCCUCGUACCUCUUCUUUAUUUCUUACAACCAGUUGUGCAAUGGGGUCAUCUCAUCCAGUCUUCAUUUUGAUGCUUGUCAUCAUGUUCUCAAGACAAGAGAAAUUGUAAUCUUUCUUUUAAAAGGAUCCCAAAGAGAUGGGUUAAAAAAAUGAUACUGAUAUUUCUGAGUUGCCAUAAACAACUGAACACUUUUGGUUUUCUCAAAGUACAACACUAAUGUCUUUACAGGCUGAGAUAUAGUUAAAGAUGGCCUCUUGCUAUAAAAUACUGUUUGGACAUUUCACGACAUGCAUAGAAAAUUGAAACUCUAAGAAUGUCCAAAAAGCUUGUCUGCUUAAAGUACUUUACAGGGGACCUUUAUAGUGAUAUUAAUUUCUUAUUUCCAUAAUAAGUGGAGUACGGAUAUGAGUUUUCCUAACAAGUUGCAUUACUAAAGGCCACACUGCCCUUAGAGAACCCUUACAAGUAUUGACUCUACAUUCAUUUAUACUAUAACAAUUGCACUAAAAUCGUUGCUAGAAUGAGUAGAAUUACAGUUGUAUAUAGUAGAAAUUUUAAUGUUUAAUUCUCUACUAUUAGUAACCCUAGUAACCAUUUUAAACAACUAGUCUUAGCAUUUUGCAAUAGACUUGCAUGGCAAUAUCAUUUUUGGUUGUUGGCUGGAAUCAGCUGAUGUUUUAUUCAAUAAUGACCAUGAUCUUUCUGAUGCCACCCCAUUAUCAUUUUAAUGCACCUUAAGUACAUUCACGUUAAUUACAGAAAAAUAUUUUUGACCUUUACCUACCUAAUUGAGGGUCUGGCAUAAAUUAUGAAACUCUCAUGUUAAUAUUUUGGUGGCAUUUCCAUGGCUGUUCUCAUGGUUGGCACGUUGAUAAAUAUACCAAAAUUAAGAUAAUUCCUUGCUUCUGUAAAGAAUGGAACUGAAAAGUUGAGUUCAAGUUUUACAGUAUGUUUUGGACUUGAGUGCAAAUUGGUGGAGUAUAUUUUUUUUCAUUCAGAUGUUAAGAUUAAUAGAAUUUUCCCAGAAUAGUAGCAGAAGGUGACUCUCUGGCCAGUAAAAUAGCUUUUUCUCAAUGCUGAUGAAGCCAAAUUGUUUGCUGUGUUUUGGAGUUAGAAGUAAGUUGGAGAGCAAUCCAAUUUUUUUUAAUUGGAUAAGACCCCAAUCUCUUACUCACCAAGUUAUAUAGAUUUUUGAGACCAAGAAUUCUCACUCUAGUCUGACACUAGAAAAGCAUAUGGAAGCAGUUGUGACAUCACCUAUGCAUUUCAUGUGCAGCCUUGUUCUAUGCCUAUACGUGUUUGUCAGAAGCAAAUUCCAUUAACAUUUUUGGGCUUACUUUCAGGGUAGUUGCAUAGAACUGCAACCUUUACAUUUAUAGAAUGUAAAGAAGCUGUUGAUAUGGCAAAUAUUAUUUUAGAGCGUGCCCAGAGAAGCUAAGAUCUCCCUCGCUGGUACUAGAUGUUUUAACUUUCGCAGGAAGAGAUUUAGAGGGGAGACUGCAAAACUGACCAAACCUUGAACAAGCUUUGAUUUUUAUUUGUAUUUUUAAUAUGUCUGCUUUUUAGAAGAUUAUUUUCCAUCUCAGUAUUGGAAUAACUCAGGUGUUGUAAGAAAACUUCUUGAAACAAAGAAUAUAACUUAUGUCUUGUGACUUGUAAAGUUAUUUGUAAAAUUCCAAAAAAUAAACUUUAUUCUGUAAUGGCA